UGUCAUGUCCUCUAGGAGUGACACGACGUGGGGGGGGGGGGGGGUGGAGUUAGGGAGUCCUCAGCCGUCAUUUUGGAGAUCAUCAUUAAUACAAGAGGGUGGAUCCAGAGUCUGUUUUUAGACAUUACGUGAUUGUGAAACACCUGUAUAAACCACUGAGUCACUGAGGAUGGAGAAAGACAGGAGUCACACGACAGAGAGGAUACUAAAUCUCACCCUGGAGAUCAUCUACCUGCUGACUGGGGAGGAUUAUACCAUAGUAAAGAAGACAUAUGAUACUUAUCUGACAGCCAUAAGCUUUUCCUCCAUCCUGGUGCCUCCACCUCACUCACUGAUACAUGAGAGACACAGUGACCAGAAGAUCCUGGAACUCACCAACAAGAUCAUUCAGCUGCUGACUGGAGAGGAGGGGGAGUAUAUAGAGGAACACAGGGGUCUGUACAAAGACGUGAUGAUGGAGAAUCACCGGCCCCUCACAUCACUGGAUGGACCCAGUAACAGAGAUACCCCAGAGAGAUGUCCCCGUCCUCUGUAUUCCCAGGAUUGUACAGAGGAGAAUCACAGGACCCCACAGGAGUAUCAGGGUGAAGAUUUGUUCGAUAAUGCAGACGAUACAGAGGAAGAAAAAGAGAUGCAUGUGACUGAUAUGAAGGCAGAAGAUACAGAAGGAGAAGAAGAGACGUAUGUGACUGAUAAUAUGGCAAAACAUACAGAAGAAGAAGAGACGUAUGUGAGAGGUGAUCAGCAGUGUAAGGAGGAGGAAAUCCCUACAGUUAUCAGCACAGCAGAUGGACAGAGGGGCAGGAAUACCUUGGUGGGACAUCUAACUUCGUUUCCAGAUUUGAAAUUCGAAGAGAAGAACAUCGCACAAGAUUCUGCAGGAGAAACCCCCAUCACUCCAAUUAUACAUCCAGUGCCUCACAGUGCAGAUAUAUCAUCUGAUCCCUCUUACCAUGAGGAGUGUCCCAUUAAUUCAGAUGUUUCUACACAUAGUGCAGCUCCUACAGAUGCUACAGUCUUUCCCUCUUUUGAAUAUGAAUGCUUUAGUAAUCAGUCAAUCUUUAUUAGACAGAAGAAGCACACUUGUAAAAAACAAUAUUCAUGCUCUGAGUGUGGGAAAUGUUUUACAUAUAAAGCAAAACUUAUUAUACAUCAGAGAAGUCACACAGGUGAGAUUCCAUUUUCAUGUUCCGAGUGUGGGAAAUGUUUUAUACAUAAAUCAGCUCUUGUUACACAUCAGAGAAGUCACACAGGUGAGAGACCAUUUCCGUGUGCUGAGUGUGGGAAAUGUUUUAUACAGAAAUCAGCUCUUGUUACACAUCAGAGACAUCACACAGGUGAGAGACCAUUUCCAUGCUCUGAGUGUGGGAAAUGUUUUACAUAUAAAUCAAAACUUAUUAUACAUCAGAGAAGUCACAGUGGUGAGAAGCCAUUUACAUGCUCUGAGUGUGGGAAAUGUUUUACAUUUAAAUCAAAACUUAUUAUACAUCAGAGAUGUCACACAGGUGAGAGACCAUUUCCGUGUGCUGAGUGUGGGAAAUCUUUUAUACAGAAAGCAGCUCUUGUUACACAUCAGAGAAGUCACACAGGUGAAAAGCCAUUUUCAUGUUCUGAAUGUGAGAAAUGUUUUGCACAGAAGUCAAAUCUUGUUACACAUUUGAAAUAUCACAUAGAUAAGAAACAAUUUGCAUGUGCUGAGUGUGGGAAAUGUUUUACACACAAGUCAGCUCUUGUUACGCAUCAGGGAAGUCACACAGGUGAGAGACCAUUUCCAUGUUCUUAGUGCAGGAAAUGUUUUACACUUGUAUAAAUCAGUUCUUGUCACGCAUCAGAGAGGUCACACUGCUGGAUUAAUCAACAUCAGAUUGCUGCAGUUUAGGAAUAGUAGUUUAGAAUACUCAUAUUACUUUGCAGUCAGCAUCCUCUCUUGCUUUAAAAUUGUAAGGAUGCCUAUGGUGUAGAACGGCAAGUUCUGGCUGUUGGCCCGAUCGAAAGUUCUGAAGUUGCGGAUGUUUAUUUGUGACAUAAAAUGUUGCCUAAAAGCAACAGAGAGAGGAAAGCGAUAGUUUCAAAGGAAUGUGGUGGGGUUAAUAUUAUAAACCUAAACUGUCUGAUAAGGUGUUUAUCUGUGAAUGCAUUUUGUUGUCAUUUUUGCAUCUCAUGUUAUGCAGAUGCCUCCCCGCCUAUUAUACUAUAAUGAUUAGAGUACAGCAGUGGUGGAUGCUGGGAACUUUUUAGUUACAUGGGAAAUGAUCACAAGUGUUUUUAUUUUUUCUUCUCUUAAGAAACUUCGAUAUUGCCAUGAAAUUACCUUUAAUAGGCUUAGUAUUAAUUAAAUAAUAAAAAUAAUUUAUACAGUGUAUGUUUGAAGGUAGUCUGCAGCAUAUUCUAGAAAUAAUGUUUUGUUAUAUCACUUUCUGUGUGAACAGUGAUUCCUCAGGUGUAAGGUGACGUCUCACGUCCGCACUAAAUAAACAAGAACCCGCUGCAUUUACUUAUGGUUUUGAAAUGAAUUGUUUCCAUGAACAAAUGACUCUCCACAUUGUUAUAUGGGAUCCUCAGUAAUAAAUGAUUUCGGCAAUGGCCUGGGAAAAUAA